AUGAAUAACUAUUGGAAAGAAAGUGUAAACAUUAUAUUAGUGUCGCCAACAUUGACAUCAAUUGACGGAUCAGUUAAAUGUGAUUACGAUGUACUGACCAUUGGUGGCACAGCGUCUGCCGGUUCAUUACAAUCGGCCAGUUAUGUACUACCGGGCGGACAGUUAGACGCAUCUGACUUUUCAUACAACUGGUGGCAACUAUUCGACAGAUUAGGUGUUUCCUCGACAAGUCUCGACUCAUUUAGUGCAUCAGUAUCUCAAAGGCCACCGAUUAUUACCGAAAAUCUGUUGGUCGAUGAAUUGAAACGGUGUUCCUCUAAUUCAGAGGAAGUGUUGGUCGACACUGACAUAGCUUUGAGGAUAUGUGCCAUAAGACAUGUUUUUCAACAAACAGGUCUACUAUUAGUCAAUUAUCUUAGAAUACUUUUAGUUCAUCGAAAAAGUCAUAAAUAUGUGGAUAAAAAUCAAACGAUUGAAUAUCGCAAACGUGUCACACAAUCACCGCAACUGUUCCCCGAAAUGUGCGAAACAUUUGACUUAUUGCCCGACUUGUGGUCACUAAACGAAUGGUGGAAUUGGUUAACGCCGUCGAGUGUUGGCCGCAGUCCACGAUUCGACACUAUGUACUACUUGUGCGCUUUGGACAGUCAACAGCCAUCAAUGUCUGGCCAGUUAUGGUCAUCGCCGGUCACUUUACUGAACAAUCGACACAAUGGUCACUAUAUUCUGUCGCCAAUACAUGUCUAUGAAUUGUCACGUCUUCUCAAUUUUGAGACAAUCGUUGGGCUCAAAGAGUUUGCCCGAAAAAGACAGAUAGAGGGCGUCCAGAGAUGGCAACCAAUUUUGACGAUGUAUACCGACGGAGCCAUAGCUACUCUUCCCGGUGAUGAUUAUUACCCGACACGUGUGGAAGUGUUUGCCGAUAAACAAGCGCAAAGUUAUUCACUUAGUUUACGGGAAAUGCGGGCUAAAAGUUGUCGAUUGAAUCGCAUUGAACUGAUGGGUACUAACAGUGAUGUCGUGGUUAACAUAGAUAUGCCGUCUAAACACAUACGACCUGUUUGUCAAUAUUAUGAAAGGCAUACAAUUUGUGCCAAUUUAUAA